ACUAGACAAAUUAACAUUUGCCGGCUAUCAGUCAGUCGGUGACUGUCAGUGUCAAGCGGCCAUAUUUGUUUACCGCUGUUUGUAAACCGCUUCCUAAACCGACGCCUCGGUUAAAAUUUCGUUUAUCUAAGUUUUGUGCUAUAAUCAUUUAGUCAAAAUGACGGUCGGGAAGAAUAAUAAGAUGCAACAACAUAUAAACUACCGUGUGAGGGUCAUUUUGCAAGACUCUCGAACAUUCAUUGGUACUUUCAAAGCGUUUGAUAAACAUAUGAAUCUGAUUUUGGGAGACUGCGAAGAAUUCAGGAAAAUCAAGUCUAAAAACAGUAAAACCGCCGACAGAGAGGAGAAAAGAACUCUCGGCUUCGUGUUAUUACGUGGAGAGAACAUUGUGUCCUUAACCAUUGAAGGACCUCCACCACCAGAAGAAGGUUUGCCUCGCGUUCCCCUUCCAGGUGCCAUGGGCGGCCCUGGUGGCGGUCGUGCAGCCGGGCGUGGCGCUGGACCUGGAGGUGCACCUCCUGGCCUACAAGGUCCUGCUCGGGGUGUUGGUGGACCGUCCCAACAACAUAUGGCUCCCGGAUCCCGAGGUCAACUAUCAGCACCUCCUCAAAUGCGUGGAGGUCCUAUGAUGGGUGGUCCUCCUCCUGGCAUGAUGGGUGCUCCCCCAGGAAUGGGUCGAGGAGGACCAGGUGGACGUGGUCCUCCCGGAAUGCGCCGUUAUUAAUUAUAGUGAUAUGAAAUAAUAGUAUGUAUUUUAAGCCAGUGAUCAUCCAAGUGUGUAAAAAUUUGUGCAGUACUGAACUGCUGAUGAAUUCCUAAUGGUAUAUCUUCUUCAAUGCCUAUACUGAUGUAUGACUUAAACAGACAAACUUCACAUUGUCAUUGUAGAAUUGUUUUGAUAAAUAUAAUGAUAUAGGUAAGUCUC